AUGAUGGCUGUGGAACAUUAUUAUUCAUCGAUCGGUGGUAGUAUUACGAAACAGUUCAAUUUUUCUCCAAAAAUUAAUAAUUUACUUCGUAAUGUUAUUCGCAUAACUUCGAUAUUCAGAUUCAAACUAGAGAUAGCCAGAUAG